ACAGAUGUGGCAGAUCUGUGGUGGGAAGGAGGAAGCCCAUCAUGUGCUCCUUCUGCUCAGCUCCGCUCGGCUCAGUGGAGCAGGGAGCCCCAGGGGCCAGGAGGAGAAGGAGGAGGAUGAGCCUCCCUUGAGCAGAAGUGGCCGGCAGCCGCCAACCCGCCCCCCUUGACCCUCCCGCCACAGCGAUGAGCUUGGUGGUGCACGCCCUGGUCUGCCUGCUGGGCACCGGCUCUUGGGUGGCCAUCAACGGCAUGUGGGUGGAGCUGCCCCUCAUCGUGCCCAGCGCCCCGGAGGGCUGGUUCCUGCCGUCCUGCCUGACCGUCAUCACCCAGCUGGCCAACGUGGGGCCCCUGGCCGUCACCCUGGUGCACCGAUUCCUCCCGGGGCGGCUCAGCGAAGUGGGCGUCAUCUACGCCAUCCUCUCCCUCGGCUCCCUGGCCUGCCUGCUGCUGGCCUUCUUCUGGGGGGAGACCAGCGUGGUGGGCAGCUCCCCCCGGAGUGUGGCCCUCCUCAGCCUCUUCUUCCUCCUGGCCCUGGUGGACUGCACCUCCUCCGUCACCUUCCUGCCCUACAUGCAGAGGCUGCGAGCGCCCUACCUCAGCACCUACUUCGUGGGCGAGGGGCUGAGCGGCCUCCUACCAGGGCUGGUGGCGCUGGGCCAGGGGGUGGGCACGCUCCGCUGUGUCAACGGGAGCCAGCAGGGCAACGGCACGGGCCUGCGGGCAGAGUACCAGCCAGCCCGCUUCUCCGCCACCGCCUUCUUCCUCUUCCUCUGUGCCAUGACAGCCUGUUGCCUGGCUUCCUUCCUCCUCCUCAACCAUCUGCCAGCCGCCAGGCGGGAGCAGGCCAAGGAAAAGUACCGGGUGCGAGUCCAGAUGGAGGUGGCGGGCGGCGGGCGCGCCACGGUGGAGGAGCGGCCCAGGCUCAGCGACCCCGCGGGCAGCCUCUUCGGAUCCGGAACCUACUCCUGGCCCCAGGUAGCCUACAUCUUUGGGCUGCUGGGCUGGGUGAACGCCCUGACCAACGGCGUCCUCCCUGCAGUGCAGUCCUACUCCUGCCUGCCCUAUGGAAACACCACGUACCACCUCUCUGCCACCCUGGCUGCCUUGGCCAACCCCCUGGCCUGCCUCCUGGGGAUGUACCUGCCCAGCAGAUCCUUGAUGCUCAUGGGAGUCUUGUCCCUGGCCGGAUCCCUGUUUGCUUGCUACAUCAUGGCCAUGGCGGUGCUCAGCCCUUGCCCUCUCCUGCUGCAUGGAUCCCAUGGAGUCGUCCUCAUUAUCCUGUGCUGGGUGCUCUUCGUCGGCCUUCUCUCCUACGUCAAGCUGAUGAUCGGGGUGGUCUUGCGGGAUGAGGGGCACAGCGCCCUGGUCUGGUGCGGGGCGAUGGUGCAGCUGGGCUCUAUGGUGGGCGCCCUCCUCAUGUUCCCCUUGGUCAACGUCUACAACCUCUUCCACUCCGGAGACCCUUGCAACACCAGCUGCCCUGUCUAGAGGGAUCUCAGAGGCCCACGACUUUGCGAGCCAAGGAAGAAGAAGCAGAGUUUGGAUUUGAUAUCCCGCUUUAUCACUCCCUAAGGAGUCUCAAAGCGGCUGACAU